AUGAGGCCGGUCAACGGCGAAAUGUACGCCCAGUGGUUGGACCACAAAAAAGACUUCGGCUCUAGUAGAUUAAGCAAAAAUGCCGGGAAAUCCAAGUUUCUGUGCUCCACUUUCGGUAGUCUCUCUCAAAAAACUUCUUUCUGUAUGAAUAUUUUUAUUUUUAGGAGAACAACUUCCGUUUGUGGUUCGAAUGACUGGGAAACGGCUUCAAGUGGCCAAUAUUUCUGACGGAUCUUUACUUUAUUUUGCUCAUUUGGAUGGAAAUAUCGUCGAUGUUGAUUAUUUGCCAACUGCAGGUGCUUCUGAAACGGAAAAAAAGAUUUUUAAAUUCUUUCUGAGAAGGUUCAGAAAGCUUCUUAACGAAAAAGGAAAUUUUUUUCCCACUUUUUUUAAAAAAAUUUCGUUGAAAAAAAUCAUUAUUUUUCUAAAAAGACCGCAAGUUUUUUUGAAACUCUCUAUCCAUUUUUUUCAGUUUCUAACUUUCUUGAAAAGGAACUUUUUCCCCAGUGGUAAUAUUGUCAAUGUGAAUUACUUUUCCAACUUCAGGGGCUUUUUGACUAAAAAAGAUUUGGAACUUUUAAUAUUUCAAGAAAAAGUUCAUAAAGAGAUUUCUUUCACAAAAAUAGAAUAUUUUUCGCCUUUCUCGGUUUUUUUUUGAUAUGAAAAAAAAUUUCCACGAAAGCCUUGAAAAGAUGGUGAAAAAUUGCCCCGAAAAGACCCUUUUAGAUGAAAAAAAAUUCUUUUUUUUUUCAGAGGGAAAAUUCGGGCUUCUCGUUGGAAUCGAAGAAGAUAUGGGUGAAGCUGGUGCGCGACAUUCGAUAAGCAUAAUUACCACGGGAACCGAUGAAAAACAGAAAAAAUUGGUUCCGAUCGCCUCUAUGAGUAUUCCUUAUCAGGUGGGGGAAUUUUCCUGGAAAAAUUCAUAAAAAAAAAAUUUUUUUUGAGCUUGCCUUAACGUCUAAUAAGGAAGGUAAUUUUAUUUUUUUCGAUUUUAUUUUUGAAAAUUGAAUUUGCCCUUGUUGAGGGCUUUUUUUAAACUCAAACAUUUUAAUGAGCGCUUAAAGGCGCAUAAACGAUCUUCCUGUGGGUCUCGAACCGAAAAAACCAGUAUUCAUUGUAAUUUUAGGUCAUGUGCCUUUAAAUUAGAACAUGAAAAAAAAAAUAACUGAACAAACUAUAUGAGGAGAAGUAUCGUGAAAGUCACACUUAUUGCAGAUUACUGUUUUGAAAACGGUCCUGAGUGACGAAGACAUGAAGAAAAGAAAGAAUAUUCGCCUAAAUUCGAAGUUAUCCCAAUGGAAUAAUAUUAUUGUCGUUGGUAAUCGAUUUUUUCUAAUCAAGGUGAUUAUUAUUAAAUUUUCCAGGUACGAAAUGGUGCCAUUGCUAUUUAACGUCUUUAGCAGCUGUGGAAGGCGCAGACGAGGUUCCCAUGCAAACUAAAAAUAGCAAAUGAUAUCUUGGGUUUUUUAUAAAUAAUAAAAAAAUUAUUCGAUUUUUUUCUCAGCAAAUCUGGUCCAGAACGACUACAUGAUGUACCCGAUGGAUGAGGAACGGCACAAAAAAACUUCCGAGUUGGUUUUUUUCUUAAAAAAAUAUAAUUUUUGAUGUUUUUUUCAAUUUUUAGGGCUCUGCUUUUAAUAAGAUCACUAAGAGAUCUUUUUAAAAAAAAAUAAAUAUAUGUCUAUUUUUUUAAACCUUGUUUAGCUUUUUGAAAAAUUUUUGAAAAAGAUAUUUCAUUGUUUAUUUAUUUUUUUGAACCUUCAGAGAAACUCUUGACAAACAUGAUACCUACCGAGAAGAGUUGAAAAGUUCAUAUUUCAUGAUUUUCUCAGAUUUCCGAGAAUUUUCUUCAUAGAGUUCCGUAGUUUCUGUUUGAACAAAAUGUUCAAUUUCAUACUUUUCCCGAAUAGAGAAGAGAUACAGUACCGUCAGAAACAUUUCGGAAAAACUUCCUCGUAUGAAGCUCAAUCUUUCGGAAUCUCUCUGAAAUUGCAUUUUUUUUCUGUCCGCGAACGGAAGUUUCAGCAGGGUGUUACGAAUAACAAUCAUCACAAAUUCAGAAAGUGUAGUCUGGGAUUAUAUUUAAGAAGACUUGGAAGUUGGGGCAUUUCCAAAAAAGAUCUGCACUCAUAUCCUGCAAAGGGCCUCAGCAGAAACGUUUUUCGAGCUUAAAAUAAUUUAUCGACUUCAGGAACGGCGGUCAGAGUAACGUCAUUGGCUUUUUUAACACGUAGUCGGACGUUGGUUGUCGGUCUUUCGAUGGGUGGAAUGAUUUUCGCCUCGCUGAACCCUUCGAAUAAGCUGUAAGUUUGUGUGAUUAUUUUUUUUGGGGGAAAAAACCUCUUUUAAUUUGAAGUAUAACAGCUCACUCUUGAGGGAAAAAAAUUCCGAAUUUCAGAGCCGUUUUUGCAAUUUUGUUUGAUUCGAUUUGACUUCUGUCCUUUCGGACUAAGCCCGAAAGAAAAUAUUGAUAUUUUUCUCAUUUCCAGUGGUUUUUGAGGUGAAAUAUUAAGAAAGUGCAGAAAAAGUGUUUCGAUUUUCAAAAAAAUAGGACAAGACCAUUUCGUUUCGUAUUUCUCUAUUCUGAAUUUUUUUUUUCCGAUUUUUUAGACUUUUUGGCUCGAAUUUGAUCAUUUUAAAGCUGAAAAAGUUCAUUUUUCCACAUCCAGGGACUACGCGACAAUGGUGCAUGAGCAGCCGAUUCGAUUCGUCGCCCCAAUGGAACCGGAAGACGAUCCCGAUAAGACCGAAUGGCUUUUUGGUUGGAUUCGAGUGAGAAAUAUACAUUUUUUUCAUUUUAAAAAAAGUGUCGUUUUAAGUCGAAAAAAAUAUCCUUUUUUUAAAUUGAAAAAAACAUCCAAUUUUAUUCGAAAAAAACGUCAUUUUCAUUCGAAAACCGUCCAUUUUUUUAUAAGAAAAAAACUUCUAUUUUCAGUCGAAAAAAAUAUCCAUUUUUUUAUUCGAAAAAAACAUCAUUUCUGUUCUCAAAUCGUCCAUUUUUAGCCGAAAAACGUCAAUUUUUUUGUCUAAAAAAAUAUCCGUUUUUAUUCGCGAAACGUUCAAUUUUUGGUCGGAAAACAUCCAUUUUUAUUCGAAAAACGCUCAUUUUUCAGCGCCUCCCCUCGUCAUUCCAUCUGCUUGGGCCUCUAUGAAGCAGCUUUCCGGACCCCCGGAUACCAGAAUCUUCCUCUGGAGGAAAAGUUCGACAAGCCUCACUUCUCUCCGAAAAUGGUGGUGGGUUUCCGGUUUCGAAUUUUUUAGGAAAGAUAUUUUUACUUUGAAAAAACUGGUCUACCAUGCACAAGCAAGGUCCAAAAAUACCUUUAAAAAAAGAAGUUUCCAAAAGAUUUUCCUAGCUCUAAUGAUGCUAUUCAGAUAUUUUUUUGAAAAAAAUUGACUAAUUUCAGAAUUAAAAAUUUUUUUAGAGAAAUUCGGUUUUUGACAGGUAGGUGCAAAAGUAAUAGGUAAGGGUGAAAAAAUUUAUUCAAAAUGACAAAAAUCUGCAUUUUUUUCAUCUAGAAUACUUUAUGGUUCAUGAAAAACUACGGGGGAAGUUCAAAAAUACAUAAAAAUUAGUUUUUCAAAUUGAACCUUGAAAUUAAGCCUUGAAAUGGCUAUUCUAGCCUUUUCUCAUGAUUUUUUGAAUGUUAAAGAACUUUUUCGAAGUGAGGAAAUGUAUAGAAAGAAGGAUAUUAUAAUGUUUUGAAGAAGAGAUAAAAAGCCCAUAGGAAGGUCCUUUUCUUGAAAAUGUGAGGAAAAAAAGAGCUUCAAAGGAACUUUUGGUAUUUAAAAAGGAGCUUUUAGAAGGCCUUCUCUAGCGUCUGUUCAUGUCUAAUUUUUGUUGAGGAGAUUAAAAUGUUUAGAAAAAAAAUUAAAUUGCAUUGUUUUCUUGUGAGAGGAAUAAAAAUGUUCUUUUUUGAAAAGGGCAGAAAAAGGACAACGAAGAUACUUUUCUGCCCCUUUUAGGAACUUGGGUGGAGCUUUUUCUUUAUAAAGAAGUUAGCUAAGUAUUGUUUUCCCUCUUUAUUGAAAAAAUUAAGGGUUUUAAAAAAUUCCGAACAGAACGAAGUCAGUUUUAUAUAAUCUCAGGCUCUUUCCAUUCAUUCAAAAUUUCAAGAUUCAAGAAAUUUUCGAUUUUCCAGCGAUAUACUAUCUGUAUUAUGUUUUUUAUUUCUGCAGAAAAUUUUCAGAUUUCAAAAAAUUUGGUUUUACAGCAUGAAAUCAGCUAUGGAUCGGAAUGGGUCUCGAUGCGACCGAUUGCUUGCCACCGUAAUGUCGAUGGAAACCCGCGAAGGGUCGGCUGCAGUUUUGAACCCAACGAUUCUUCGUUGGUCAAUGUCUCGUCGACCUCGGUCCUCAGCACUGUUUCCAAUUUUGGUCGGUUUUUAGGGAAUUCAAGUUGAAUCUCGUUUUGUUAGUUUUCGACCCGAAACUCCGAAAUUUUCCAUAUUUUUCUCAUUUUAGGGCAUCAUCGGAACCGAUCCCGCGCCUUUUUCACCUACAGCAGGUUCAAUGAAAAAGUCAAGGACAGUUUGACGUUGGCGGUGAGUUUUUUCACACGGAAGAACCAGGUGCGAGAGAAAAGCGACAUCGCGUGCGACACAGCUUUUUCCCCGCACCAUGCUCGCGUUUUUCUCUCUUCAAAAAAAUUUUUUUUUAAUCUUUAAAAGUGUAUCGCGCCAUGGAAAAAUGCGAAAUCUUAGCAAGGAAAUUGCGAGAUCGCACCAUGAAAAAAAAAAUGCGAUACCGUUCUGAAAAAAAUGCGAAGGGAAUGCGAUAUCGCGAUAAGGAAGUGCGUUAUCGCGCCAAGAAAAAUGGCGAUAUCGCGCUGAGAAAAACGCGAUAUCGCGCCAGCGAAAAUGCGAUACCGACGCGGCAACAACGCAGCACCUUCGCGAUGUCGUCAGUGUACCGCCCGCGGUAUCGCUUUUAUCUCGGCACUUAUUCUCAAUAUAGUAUCUAUUGAAUUUUUAAUUUUUUUAAAAGGUAAUUUUCAACUUUUCGUUUGACAGGGAGGCAUCUUCGACGUGAACGCCUACUACUACAAGCGAUUCCCGCCGAAUCUUUCCCUGGACAGAACUCUUCUGAAACAAUGUCCUUUUGUUUCUUGGAUCCGUUCUGGUUUGAACGCCGCCAAUGUCGAGGUCCUUCAGUCAUAAUACUUAUUUUUUUUAAAAUUUGUCUUGAAAAAACCCGAAAAAGCCAUUUUUGAAGUCUCUAGGAUGUCAUUUUCAGGUUUAUCAAAUUGUUUAUUUAAUUUUAAAGUUCAAUCCUCUUUUCUCAAUAUUCUUUUUCCAUGUUUGAGCAACUCUAUGAAGUACUAUUUUUCAGGAUUUCGCCGUUUUAACUGACGAUUUGUGCGAUAUCGCCCAAAUGAAAUCCGCCAUCAGCGACGCCGAUCAGUUGUUCUACCCAUCGGCUUUAGAUGUAAAUUGGAAAAAAAUUUGAAUAAUCUAUGAUUUUUUUUUGCUUUGAAGUUUGAUCGGGCAUUCGUCGUGGAAAGCGGGAUUCUCCGCCCGAUGCAUGUCACUAAUCUUCCAACUCAGGUGAGGCUUUCGAAAAUUAUAAGAUUAGAAAGUUCUGACUCUCAGAAAAGGUUGGAACGGAAAAAUAUUAAAUCUUUCUCUGGAGAAAAAAAUAAUGAUUCCAAUGUCUAGAAAAGAAUGAGAUUCCAAUAGUCUUUUCUAUACCUUUUUCUUCACAUAACUGGCUUUUUACACAAAAAUAACAGAAAAUGUUCGAAAUAGACUUGAUUUUUGAUUUUUCAGCUUGACUCAUUACAAAUUUUUUUAGCCAAGUCUUGAACUUUUUAUGGAACUUGGAUAAAUUUUCUUCCGAAGUUAAGAGAAAAUCGCAUGUUUUCGCGAUGAAUAUGGCACUCGGGUUAAGAAAAGAACAGGUUUUAUGGAAAGAAAGGUAUAUUCGAGGUUUUGGAAGCGCCAUGAAUCUAAAAAAAAUUAGGUGUACGCCGCAGUGAACCCCGAGAAAAAGGGACCUUAUUGGUGCACCCCGCAUUCAAUCUUGGUGGCGUGCACAUCUGGGACAACUGGUCGAAAAAAAAGUCUUUUUUGAGCUACCGUAACAGCCUAGGAUGAAACUGUAGGAAAUGGUGUUAUUGGGAAACAAACCAAUUCAAAAUCGUGUACUGAAAAAGUACCUUAAUAGGCAGUUAAAGCUAAGGAGGGUGCACCCCUCGUUGCCCUGCGGGGUGCACCCCAACUUUUUUAGAGAAUUCGACUAUAGGCCGAACUCAAGACUUCGGAAGAGGAAAAAAUUUCUUGCAAUAGAUUUUUUUUUUUCCGAUUUUUGAAGCUUCAAUGUUUGGAAAAUAUGUUGAUUAUGAUUAAAAAGGCUCUAUUUAAAGCUAUUGAAGCUUCUCAAUUCGAAAAUCAGAUCCAUUUCAAGAAAUCUUUGGGUUUUCUGAAGCAGGCGUUACUAAAUACCUCAACAAAAAUCAAUGGAAGCUAAGGAAGACAGUGGACUUUCUAAAUUUUUGAACUUCGGAAAAAAGUGGCAACCCAGGUCCUUGACCGGAUCGUAAAGAACUUGGCCGACGUUCUGGUGGCGCCGACGUCGGCGGCGGAACUUCUCCGGUCUGCCGGACUGGUCCCAGCUUCGGUCAACCAUUUGGAUGCGUCUCCGACUGGGGAGCAGGUAGAAUAACCAGAAAAAGCCCAAAUCACCUGGAUUUCAGGAACUGAACCCAAGUGAGAAGACGGUCCUGGUCGCCGUCCUUCACUACGGCCGCGUCGAAGCCCUGGUCAAACUAUUGAAGUCGCCUUCGAUAACGACGGAACGGAAAAUGGACAUCGUCAAGUGGGUCUGGAACGAGGCGUGCGCCUUUCGGAGCGUCAUCAACGAAAGAAGUCGGGAAUGAACGAAAAACCGCGAAAAAGGAGAUCUUUCAGCGGUUUCGGUGUUCGCCGGCACCUCGACGGCCCUCUCGCCCCUCGCCUCGACCUCUUUGGUCCACGGAGUCCGACUCUUCACGGAUAUCGCCUACUUCCUGGCCUCGGCCAAUGUUGAUUCUCGCUUCGCCGGUGGGUUUUGUGAACUGGAAAGCUUUAAGCCUGAAAAGAGUUUAUAAAAAAGUUUGAUCGGUAUAUAGCCUCUUAAGAUUUUUAAUGCCCAAUGCAAUGACGUCAUUCAAAAACACUCUGGGGGUGGCUCGCUCUCUGAUUGGUUUAUCGCACCUAUAGGGGCGGAGCUUGAGCGACGACUUGACAUUUAAAAUCUGAACAAACUAUAGUUCGUCCGACGCGACUUGACAGUUUUCGCGUGUCUGCGUCUCUCUGUUCCCUCACCGGCGAGGCCAGAAAAACAUGAAAAUAGCUUGUACACAUGAGAGAGACGUCGAGAGAUAAGGAGGGCGCAGAGAAGUCCCUUUUUAUAGGAAAAACCAUUUUCAUUUAAAAAAGAAGAAAAAUCGAGGGUAUCACAUUCUAAAGGUCCGAAAAAGUCAAUAAAAUCAAUCUGAAGUGAUCGGAAACGUUUUUGUAAAGCAGUGUACAUAAACCUAAUUAAAUUAGGUUCUGUUUUCGACAUAGGCCACAAAAAAUGGUUUUUUUUUAAUUUUUCAAGUAUUCGUUUUACUCGUCUCGACGAAAAAACAACAAAAAAUGGAUGUCGAUUUUUUCAUAUUCUUUAAAUUCCAAACUUUGAUUUUUGCGACAGUGGAUUAUUUUUAAUCAGAAGGUUUUCAAGUUUUGGAAAAGUCAAGUAUUUGAGAUUUUGUGAAUUCCUUACUAGGGAACGUUUCCCGCUAUUUCAAGCUUUUGAAGUGUCUCAACUCAAAAACGGGGCCUAUAAAUUUUUUCUUUUUCUGCAAUCUGUAGGUCCGAAAAUACACAUCAGCAUAGUUUCAUCGAAAGUUGAACCGGGUGGUGAAAACUCUUCCUUGAUUAAUAACGAAAAUUGCAAGGAUAUUUUCGAAGACGAACUUUUCAGCCAAGUUCAAGCGUUACGAAAUGGCCGUGAGGUGCAUGAAAUCGCACACGGAGCUCGUCCAUCGCUUCGUUUCUGCUCAUCUCGUUCCCCUGUCUGAACACGAUGCUGAACGGAUCGUCCAGGAACACCAGAAGAAACAAAGCGCCGCUCAUAGAAAUGGGUAAUCCAAAUUAUACUUCUUGGCGAGAAUUACUUUUGAUCAGGACUUUCAUGCAUGGAAAUACGGUUUCUGGGAUAAGAGAGACCAACAGCGGCCUGUAGAGAAGCUAGAGAAGCUUGAAAGAUUUUUUUUUCCUGGCUCCUGCUCACACCACCUGAGCUCUAUCACAUCCUCUUUUACUCAAUUGAAAAAAAAUUUUUUGCCUUCUUUGAAAAUUGAACUCUUCAGGUUCGCAUUUUGAUGUGAUCCCAAUUCAAUUUUGAUCUUAUUUUUGAAAAAUCGCGAAAAAAGUCAACUAGUAAGGUUUCGCACUCCAUGGGCAACUUUUGAGAAACUCCCUGCAUUCUCGGACAUUGAUAGCGCGAACCGGACGCGAAUCGGACAUUUCGGGACAUUUAUAGUGAUCCCUUUAGUAGCAUCAGCACUCUUAAGUGAUCCCUAGAAAUUCUGAGAAACGUCCAGAGCACGUCAGGUAUCCUUUACCGAACUCUGACUUUUUUUUUCUUCAGGAAUUUUUGUUUGAACGUUUCACAUAACCAGAACAUUCAACUAAAAUAGAUUUUCAAUCCAAGAAAAAAAAAAUUCUCAGGAAAACCCUGCCAGUCGACUUUCUCCUCAAGAGGCUUCAUGAAAAAACGCGUGGGAUGCAUUUUUGGAUGCGAAAAUCCCCUGACGAAUGGUACCCGCCCCCACCUUUGGUUUUUUAUCAAGAAAAAGAAAAAUGGAAAUAGUCAUUCAGAAUCUUCUUGAGCCAAUCCUCAACUUUUCAUUAGAUGAAAGAACCAAAAGGGAACUUCUCGUCUAUUUUGUCGCUGAUUGGAUCACGGCUUCGAGAACGGUAAGAGAGAAGGAGAAAAUGAAAUCCAAAUUUUUUUGUAGAACGUUUUUCAAAAAGCUAAAAAAAUUUUCUAGGAAGAAUAUUUUUUUGAAAAAAAGGCCUUCAAAAAAACUUAUCUUAUAAGUUUUCAUAAGAAAAAUGCUUUAAUAGGAGGUAAAAUUGUGUUGUAAAAUGCAAUUUCAGAAAAGGAAUGAUUUGAAAGUUGAGAAAAAAACCUCCUUUUGGAUUAAUAAUAAGAAAACAAUAUUUUUCGCGCCUAUUCGGUAGAGUUUCAAGUAUCAGAAGACUUUUGGGAAUUUUUUUAUCACUUUAUUCUCAUGUUUUUGGAUCUUUCUUAAAGCAUUGUUAUCGAAAAAAAGGGAUGAAAGUUGAGUAAAAGCUGGGCUGGUUUCAGUAAAAAUUUUGUGAAAUAUAAUUUUCUUUCUUUUGAACCAUAUGGACUGUCGAUAUUAAAGUUUAUAGGAUAAAUAGUUAUACUUUUUCUCUCCAUGAAAGGUUACUAUGUACGCUUUUCAUUAAUUUUUUAUCGAAAAAAAAUGGCAAAAAUAAAGUAUAAGCCCACGUGUGCAUGUGAAGUUUUCAAUAAAUUCGCUCGAACUGAAAAAAUUUUGACAACUAGGGAAUAACAUCAAUUUUCAACCUCAGAUAACUUGAAUUUAGGGAUACUGGAUAGUAGGGGCCUCAAAAAGGGUAUGGCCAAGUCUGAGUAAAACCUGUUAUUUUCAGUACCAAAAAUCCUUGUCCGUAGAGGCUUUGGCCAUAAAAGUCUUAGCGGUGAUCAGCGACGGAAUGCUCGGCGCCGACUUGGAAAAAGUCAAAUAUCUACUCUCUCAAGUCGAUCUCGCGGUGAAGCGAGCUGAAGAAAAAUCGUCGGUCGCUUCUCAAGCGGUUAGUUUUUCACUUCGAAGCUUUCGCUCCUCUACUAGUUUUUCGAAAUUUUUAUGGACAGUUGAGAUUCAUUAUUUUCUUUAAAAUGAGCUAUUUUUCGAAAAUCUGGGAAAUCCGUUUCUCUUGUACAAAACGAAUAAAGAAGUGACAAAAUUCAUUUUUUUUUCGGUCACAUUUUUACUUCCUUCUUUCAUUUUCUCUAUGGUAAAUAAAUCGUGAAUUCAAAUUUCAAGAUGUAAAAAACAAAGUUCAUUAUUUCAUUUUUUAAAAUUCGCUUUUGUAAGUAGAAUGUUGAUUUCCUGCUUUUUUUGGCUUCAUUUUUCGAACUUUCUCAUUUUUCCGACGUUUCUAAUAUCUUUUCAUAUUUUUUUCGUCUUCUUAUCAAACCUAGGUUUUGGAAAUGAUUUUUCCGAUUUUUUUGAAUUUUUUUCCCCUAAUAACUUUUUUUCAAACUAUACAGUCCCCUUUUUACUUGAAAAAUUUUUUUGGUCUCGUAAAAGAAUUUUGUGAUAAUUUUUAAUUGCUUCAUUAGUCUUUGUCAUUUUUUUGAACAGAAAAUAGUUCAUUUCAGAAGGAAAACCAACCCGUCGAAUCGGACGACGAAAUCCCCAAAUCGGAACUGAAAUUGAGCGAUGAGGUCGUCGAGGAUUUCUCCGACAUUUUGGACAAAAAGCAGAAAAUUCUUACGAAUGGUUUUUUUAAAAAUAAUUUUGUGCUUGAAUAGUUUUUUCUUGAGUUAUACCUUCAUAGGAAAAGUCAGAAAGGGUGGAAAAGGCUCUAUAGAAAUUUUCCCUUUUCGCACCCUUCUUGCGCCAUUUCAUCGGCUUUUAUGUACAAUUUUUGCUGCCUCUUCCUUUUUCCACCAUUUCUUGAGUCUUUAAGAUCCCAGAAAAAAUGGAAGGCUCGAAAAUGGAACCCUUUUUGCUGCCUUUAAGCGGCCUUUUUUGAGCCUUUUUUCUGCCUUUCUGAAGACUUUUUUGAGCCUUUUAGCGGCCAUUGUUCACCAUUCCGGGUAUUUAGCACUUCGAUGUUCUAUUUCUUCUUAUACUUGAGAGUCAAAAACUAGCGCUAUUAAAGGAUCAUUGACAAACGCGAAAAAAAAGCAUGGCGCGAGAAGUACUGUAGCUACCGGCGCAUUGUUAGCUGCUUGAAAUUCAUGUCGUGUUCAAAGUAACUUCCGCGAACUGCAGAAUUAUCUUUGGCUCUCGGAAAUUCAGUUAUCUUUUUCUUUCUCUGACGACUGUUUUGGAUUCUGUGGAAUAACUGUGAACACGGUAUUAAAAGAUCAGGUACUAUGACCUCGCCGGUGAGAGGAAAGAGGGCGCAGACACGUAAGACUUUUCGAGUUGUAGAAAAUGACCCAUAAGAUUUUUUUUUCGAAUUCUGAAUAUUCAGUUGUUUCGACGGUUGGCGACUCCCGAGACGACGAAUAUGAACGUCGCCGCCUGCUGUUCUUGUACAGCCAGCAGCGUUUUGCUGAAAUUCGAAAUGUAGGAUUUUCCCUAUAACUAGAUUUCAAAGGCACAUAGGCAGUAAAAUCUCAGAAAUUCCCAUUUAGGGCAACAAAUAGAACUUUCUAUCCAAUCAAAACGUUCCCUAGUUAGCGAAUUCUGAUAGGCGAAUUUUUUUCUGUCCUUUUGCUUUCAAAAACAGGGCUUUAUCAAGGUUUUCCACGACGACCAGAACAAGGACCGCGAUGACGCCUUCCGACAACUCAGUCCUUAUCUUUUCGCCGGACCUUCUAACAAAACGACGACUGUGGACCCCGAAGAAAAGGCCAAGGCUGACCAGAGGGCCGCGACUGUUCAAGCUCUCUUUGCGAGAGGUGAGGUUGGAAAGAGGGUACAAAAUGGAUAA